AACUACGUGAAUUAUGGGUCAUUCCAAUCGUGUUCUUUGUCACCACCAUCGUCUCGAUGAUUGCGGCGUUCCUUCUCGGCUGGCUUUGCGGACUUAAGAGAUCUCAGCGCUCUUGGCAUAUCCGGGCUGCUUUGUUCUCCGAGCGAUGCUGUGUUGUGAUCAUCGUACCGCAGCUACACUCAGGACUAUACUCCUUUCCGUCACAGCUAUACAUCCGAACCUGUGCCGUAUCCUUGAGUCUCGCCACACUCGUCCGCUUCUGCGAUUUGCGUUAUUGAGGCAACUUUCACGAUCUCAGUAUAUUGUCCGAAGAGGAGCAUGUCGUUCCGAACCCAAGUAUAACUUGUUUGGGAGCUCUGCAUGGGGCAUCGUGUUUUUCCUGUGACAAAGCCGCAGAACAAGUUGUACACUUCAGGAAGCUACGUGACUUAGAUGGCCCUUUGAGCUUGUCCUUUUGACCCAUUUCGCAAUUCAAGGCAUUGCCAUCGCUUGCUCCUGAUUUGCCUUACUGUCGUCUCGCGGCUUACUGAUUCAUUAUCUGCAGCUCAUUCGCAAUAGCAUCUGCCAUGUUCAUGAACUCCAACUCGCUUCCAAUUGCUUUGAUGCAGUCCCUCGUGGUCACUGUGCCUGGACUUAAAUGGGGCGACGAUGACAAUGAGGAUGCCAUGGUUGGUCGCGCGCUAACAUAUCUCGUGCUCUACAGUACGCUCGGCAUGGUGGUACGUUGGAGUUACGGCGUUCGUCUCUUGUCGCAAGCAGACCCCGAGGGGGUGGAGAUACACGAAGAGCCACAGCCGACUGUACAUCGUCCUUUGUUCGACCGUGACGAGGUUCCUUUCCCGCCUGCUGAAGCCGAACAACGUAUUCAUCGUCACGAAGGUGGACUCCCCAUCGUAUCGCCUGCUGAGACACCAACAGACACAGAGUGCCCGAGUAUCUCAGUCCAAGGUCCUCAGGAUUCGGCUCCCAAGUUUUUCUACUCCUUCCCUAACUCGCCGUCGGUACAUUCGACCAGGCUACCGCAGGGUUCAUCAUCAUCGUCUGUGUCUAUGAACAACGGCGAUGAGGAAGAGGAAGGCGAAGAGAGAGUUGAAGUAGUGCAACAACGCAGACGUGACCCCAUCACGCCCACAUCAUCACGAUUCCAAUCGUACAUUCGUCGCUUCAAGCAUCGGUCAAAGAAGACAUUCAGAACAUUUAAGGAGUUUAUGACUGUUCCACUAUGGGCUGCGCUGGCCUCUCUUGUCGUCGCAUGUAUACGACCUCUCCAGCACAUCCUGGAAGUACAUGCCUCACCCAUCAAGGGUGCUCUUAACGGGGCGGGAAAUGUCUCCAUUCCAAUGACCCUCGUUGUCCUCGGAGCAUACUUUUACACUCCCCUAUCUGAAGAAGAAAUAGAGGAACGAGAGCGUAGUCGCCAAGCUUUGUUGGCUGGGUAUCAGCAUCAUUGUGGGCUUGCGGAUACUCGAGAUGCGGAGGAGGGUAGAGGAAGACGACGGACUAUCAGCACGAAGUUGUCGCAGAUGAGUCUAGUGGAUAACGUGAAGGAGAUGUUCAAACUUCCGACAAGAAGAAAGUGCACGAGUAGAGAGAGGAGUAAAAAGAAGGAGGAGGGUCGACCGGGUGAGACGAAGACAGUGGUGAUUGCGAUCAUGGCAAGAAUGGUGAUCACGCCGUUGUUGCUUUUGCCAGUGAUGGCGGUUGGUGCUAGGUGGGAUUUGCAGAAGGUGUUCGAAGAUCCUAUAUUCGUGGUGUCGAAUGUGUUACUUAUAUCCUCCCCACCGGCAUUGACGCUUGCUCAAAUCACACAAGCAGCUUCGGGCGACGCCUUCGAACGACUCAUCUCUAAGACCAUUGUUUGGUCGUACUGCGUGGUUACCCCACCAAGCACGAUCGUCUGCGUAGUCCUUGGCCUCCUGCUCAGCAAGCUUUGAAGGCAUCUCGGACCUGUUUCACAAAUACCUUCUGCUUGUCACCUCCAUCUAACCCAUUAUCCCUCAUUGCAAUAUCAUCGGACUAUACACGAUUCUCAUCUACCUCAUCUGAUACAUUUAUCGUCCUCUUUUUUUCUUGAUUCACAAUGACCUAUAGACUGCAUUUCCACUGGGCUAUAUCAUCUCACGUCUUAUAUACUAACUAGCGAUGCGAUUGUACAUCUACUGUAUUCAUUCAUCUACUCGUUUCUCUACCCGUUGUUGUUUUCGCUAGGUUACAGUGCUUUUGUAUAUACCGUAGUGGAAUCGCAUGCAGGAUGUUCCCCAAUCGGACCUUUAUGAUUUUUCAC